UUUAAUUUUUUCCUAAAAACAUUAUUGGCUGAUAGAAUUUUCCUGGGGGCUUAAAUAAAUUUUCAAUAACAAAAAAUAUAGAAAUUAGUUGGCACUGUGCUUACCGCAAGUGCUCUGUACAAUUUCAUUAAUGAUUUUGUAACUUGAAACAAGCAUUUGUACAGGUUUUUUAAUGACUCCAGUUGGCAUUCGUGGCAGUUUUAAUCUGUGUGUCAUUCAUUAAAAAAACUACACUGCGUUCAUUGCUUCUACAAUUUUGUUGCAUUCUCAUUUGGCAGGGUGAAAGAUUUAAGGAAGCAGACCAUUUUGUUUGCGAAAAGUUUCCUAAGAAGACUGCAUAAAUACAGGGUAUCCUUUGCACAACACAGUCUCAACACAGUCUUACAAAUUUCACAUGCUUACUGCUCAAGGUAAGUAACUAUUUCUUAAAGUUGUUUCUUUUGAUUUGUUCUUCAAACAUAUAUGACCAAAAUAUUAGGCUUUGUUUUUUUUUCAUCUAGCCUAGGUAAUAAUUCACUGAGAUGGAGUUUAUUCAUUUGUAAAUCCUAGAGUUCUUGUAUUUUGUAAGAGAGAGAGAUUGUUGAACAAGUGUAGUGUACGGGGAGAUAGAUAUACUUAGCUUUAGAAUUAAAGAUGAAAAUUUUUUAUUAGUUCUUUGUUAUCAAUUUACUAUUGCUAGAUAAACAACUACUUAAUUGUUCUCAACACUUCACUCAUUGCUAGCAUGUUUUUAGCUAAAGGCAGGGACUCAUGCUGUCUCACAACUCUUGUUUGUUUAGUUCCGUCAUUAAUAUUUAUAUUAGUAACAUUUUUCAAAGUCUGUUUUGUUAAUGGUGUAUUUAAGCAUUUCUAGGUAUUAGUUAAAUUUUUGUAUUUAAAUGAAAAUUUAGAAGAUUUUUUAAACUUUUGUAAUAGUAAGAUAAAGAUGUUAUUUUUUUUGUGUGUAAAUAAUUAAAAUUAUAAUUUAGAAAAACAUGGCUCUGCGAUUUCUUUUGCGAAAACAUUCGAACCUCGAACGGCAGAAAUGGUUUUUCGAGCAAACAAAAUAUGCGGUUUCGGCCUGCAAUUCGGGGAACUGGGCUCCUUUGCCUCAGGCAAAAUCAGAAUGGCAGAUGGUGAAACCAAGGAGAUAUCAGAGGGCUGCUAUGAAAGAUUUACCAAUUUCUAGAAAUGGAGAUCAAAGCAAAUAGAAUACCCGUCAUCAGGGAGGCUCUAUCAUGUCGUCUAUCUCCAACAGGUUCACCCAUUUGCGGAAUCUUGAGGAAGGUUUUAUAAAAUUGGUUCCCCGGAUCAAGCCAAAUAAAAAUAAAUGUAAAGGAAAUUUGGAUAAUUGGAGGUCGGGUGGUAAUUAUGCCAAACCUAAGGUUUCCGUGGAGGGAGGCAAGAAUCCCAAAACUUUGCCUCCUCCCAAACCCACGACAAUUAAGCCGAAUAAGAUGUUGAACAAUUCAGAAGAGAGGAAUGUACUGGAAAUCAAUGACAGUUUGGUUGAAAGGGUUCAACAAUCCUGCAAAACAUUUGGGGUUUUUGCUAGAUGGUGCGGACUUGGAGUCUCAACAGAGGUAAUUGCAGAUUGGUUGAAGUCGUCCUUCAAUUGGAUAGUAAGUAUUGCUAUCUUGUCCGAGGGUUUUCUUUAUAUUGACUGUGGAAAUGCCAGGCAUAAGAAUGAAUUCUUAACAGGUAAAUCUCCGAUUUUUAAAGGCUUUGAUUUUAAAUUUUUAGAAUGGCAACCUGCUUUCAACCCAAAUAAAUUAAAGUCGUUUAAAAUAGAUAGACCGGUUUUGAUCCCCAAUUUACCAGUAGAAUUAAAGGAUAUGGAAAUUAUUAGGAAAAUAGGUAAUCAUUUAGGAAAAUUCGUAGAGAUUAGUGACAAAAAUAGGAAGUAUUCGAAUUGUGUGUUGAUAAUUAAUAUGGAUAUUAGUGUGAAUUCACUCAGCCCCAUUGAAAUCAAAACUAGGGAGUCAUCUUUCUUGAUUUACCCUGAAUUCUAUAAAGGGAUUCUAGAUCUAGACUUACCAUUUGAACCAGUCUUAGAAGUAUUUUCCUCUCAAAUAAACCCUAGAGCAAUCCCUAAGCUAGAUAUUUGUUUCAAUUUGGAAAAAGGAGGGUUUGUGAUUAAGGAUAACCCUCCAUCGACAGGGCAGUAUGAUGGGGUUGAAGAAGGGGAAAUUAUAGGUGACCAGAGUAUGGAUGAGGGGAAGAAUCCCUCUCCAUUGCUAUCCCAUGAGGAUAUUUUGAAGGAUAAGCAGGGGAGAGUUUCUGACUCUAAGGAAGUGAAGAACUAUUGUGCCCUUGAAGUGACCGUAAGGGAAGAAUUUAAAAAUUUAUCUUAGGAUAGAAAGGGUGGAAUUAAUCUUGAUAUUGAUGAUCAGGAGGAUGGGGAGAAGGAAGAAUUGACUCUUAUCCCUGAACAGGAUGUUGGUUCAAAUGUCAGGAGCAAUUUGGGAGAAAAUGCUUCCUCCCAACCAUGGGGAGCCCCCAAUAGUUUGGAUAAGGUUGAACAAGAGGUAGAUCUGGUUCGAAAAGAGGAAGAGGUAAACUACAUUAUCAACUAUUUAUGUGAUUCAGUCACUAAGGAUAUCUUGGAGAAUUUACUGGAUGAAAUAGUAGACAAGGAUGAGCUAGAACUACAGAAGACAAUGCUGAGAAAAGGGAUUAUGAAUUUUACCCAUCCCCCUGAGGUCACUGAUAUGGAAGCCCUCAUAAUAGAGUUAGAUAAUAAAGAAAAUGAAGCUUUAGGAAUUGGAUAAUGGGUUGGGGAAAAGGCCACUCUGGAUUGUGCCAAGCUCUGCAAAAAGAGACAAGAAAUCCCUAUCGGAGCUGAGAGCUAAUGAUGGUAUAGCGGAAGGUCAAGUUAAACUCACAGAUAUGUCUCAUGCAGGGAAGGGGAAGAUCCUUCCCACAGCACCAUGAAAGUAUUAUCAUGGAAUGUUAGGGGUUUAAAUGCCCCUAACAAACAGCAGAUAGUCAAACAUUGUCUAUCUAACUAUAGUCUUGAUUUAGUUAUGUUACAGGAAACCAAAUUAGAGAAUAUUGACUUAGCCUCCUUUGGUAAAUGAUUAGGCUUUAGACAUAUUAUAGGUGUUACAGCCACUGGAGCCUUUGGAAGUCUAUCCAUUAUUUGAGACCCACACAAAAUAAGAUUCUCAUUAUUAGAGUCUCAAGGCAAUUGGAUAAGUGACAGGGUUACCAGCUUGAAACACAAACUAGAUUUUAUCAUUAUUAAUGUGUAUGGGCCAACCCUAAAUGAGGACAAAAGAAGAGUUUGGAAGGAAAUUGAGGAAUUCACAAACUCCCAGGAUCAAUUUUGCAUUUUAGGAGGUGACUUUAAUGCUAUCGUGAAUCAAUAUGAGAAACGAGGAGGCAUAGGUAAAAUCUCUAGAGCAACUUUAGACUUUGUAUAUUGGGUCCAUCGUAGUGGCUUGAUACAGAUUAACAUGGUUAAGGAUGCUUUUACCUAGAACAAUAGAAGGUUAGGUUUUAAUAAUAUGGCAGAAAAACUAGAUAGGUUCUUUGUAACGGGCAUUCUUACCAACUUUUUGUAUACCUUAGAUGCCUCAAUUUUACCUUUCUCGGGCUCGAAUCAUUUUCUGAUCCAACUUAGCAUUCUUGGUGACUCAUGACCAAGAAGAUGUCCUUUUAAAUUCGAACAAAUGUGGCUGAAAGAUGAUAAUAUUCUUAAGCUUCUAGAGGAAUGGUGGAAAGAGGCAGAGGUCUCUAGGUCUGGGAUCUAUAAGGUAGUCAAUAAGCUUAAAAUAAUUAAGCGGAAGCUCAUUCUGUGGAAUAAGGAGCAUUUUGGUAAUAUUUUUGACAAGAAGGCUCAGGUGGAAGCAGAGUUGGUGGAGGUAAACGAAAUGGUGAUGAGGAAAGGGAUGGAUGAAGCUUUAUUUCUAAGAGAAAAGAAACUCCUUGAAUAAGAAAAUAUUCUUGCAAAAGAGAUCUUUUGGAAACAAAAAUCCAAGGAGACGUGGUUGGAUGAGGGAGAUAAGAACACUAAAUUCUUUCACAAUAGUGUGAAACUUAGAAGAGUCAUUAACCGAAUUUCUAAGAUUAAGAUAAGUAAUGGCUCUGAGGUGGAAGAUCCUUAGAUCAUCUCGAGGGAGGCAGUAGACUUUUUCUCCAAUAUUCUCAACUCUGAUUGGAGCCCUCUUUGCUCAGACCAAGACAAGUUUCUAAAAUGUAUUCCAAAACUACUCAGUAAGGAUCAAACCCAUAAUCUGACUACAAAAUUCUCUUUAGCGUAAGUAGAAGCAACUCUAAUGUAGAUGAGUCUGGACAAAUCCCCCGGUCCGGAUGGCUUUCCAACUAGUUUUUUCAAAAAUGUUGGUCCUUCGUAGGGGAGGAGGUGACGGGUGCUCUUGAGGGCAUGAGGAACUCAGGUAAUAUCCUCAAAGAAAUUAAUAAUACUUUUUUGUCCCUCAUCCCAAAGAAGGAAAAGCCUGAGUAUUUUGAUGAGUUUAUACCCAUUGCUUUUUGUAACACCAUCUAUAAGCUUUUUACUAAAACUUUAGCUAAUAGGCUUCAGAAACUCCUUCCUCUUUUGAUUAGCUAAGAAUACACGGGUUUUGUUCCCAGGAGGUCCAUUUAUGAUGGGGUUAUUAUAGCUCGGGAGGUCAUUCACUUUGUUCAGAAGAAUGGAACCCCCAGUAUGCUCUUAAAACUAGACAUUAGGAAAGCCUACAACAAGGUAGACUGGAGAUUCUUCUGCAAAUUCUUAGAAGCCUUUGGAUUCCCCUCUUCAUGGAUUAACUUGAUAUUUGAAUGCAUCUCAACGUCUGAAUUCUCAAUGUUAGUUAAUGGAACUCCUGAAGAAUUUUUUAGCUCUUCUAGGGGUCUAAGACAAGGAUAUCCCUUAUCCCCUUUUCUCUUCAUCAUUUUGGUAGAAUCAUUGGGUAGAGUGAUCUCUAGAGCAAGGGAAAGUAGUCAGAUUUCAGGAAUCAGAAUUACUAGCAACCUAGAUCCUACCACGUAUCAACAAUUUGUGGAUGAUACUAUGUUAUAUGGGCUCAGUAAUUUAGGAGAAGUGAAGGCGUUUAAGCAGAUCCUAGACUCUUACUCUAAGGCUUCUGGACAAUAAAUCAAUCCAUCUAAAUUUGAAGUCUUCUUUUUCAAUACUAAGGUUUGCUUACAAAAUGGCAUUUGUAGAGUUUUGAAUUUUAAUAUGGGUAGGCUUCCCUGCAAGUAUCUAGGUCUACCCCUAGAUAAGGGCAAUGAUUCGUCAAAUUUGUGGGAUUCAGUGAUAGAUAGGAUUAGGAGUAAGGUAGCAACCUGGAAAUGCAAGUGGCUAUCCUCUGCUGGAAGAGAUACUAUGGUCAAAUUGGUUUUGGUAGCGAUGCCUAUCUAUCAGUUAUCAUGUAUUAACCUCCCUCAGUCCAAAAAGGAAAUAUUGAAUAGACAUCUUAUGUCUUUUUUUUGGCAAGGGAUUGAGGAGAAGAAGACGAUCUCCCUUAUGGCUUGGGAUAAGAUUUGUAGGACAAAGUCAGAAGGGGGUAUAGGGAUUAAGAAUAUUAAGGACUAGAGCAGAGCACUAGGGGCCAAACUAGUUUGGAGAAUGUUCAAAUCUCCCCACCUCAAAUGGGCUCAAAUCUUAUACCACAAAUAUCUUAGAGGUAGAGACCAUACUAGCCUCUUUAGGGAAUCUUCUCCCCCAAAAGGUUCUCGCAUUUGGAAUUUUAUGUUGGAAUGCAGGAAAAUUAUUUUAGGCAAAUUAUCAUGGAAUUUGGGCAAUGGUGAAGAAGCCCUUUUUGGGACUGAUUCUUGGGGAGGUUUCAAGGCCCUUCAUAAGAGUACAAAUUUGGAGUCGUCCAAAGCAGUGCUGGAAUCCGUAUGGGGUAGUUAUGUUAAGGAUUACAUAUUGCCAAUUGACAAGGACCUAGCUAAGGGUUGGAAAUGGAAAUCUUUAGAUCAUGUGGAUAUCCCAGUAAGGGAAAAAAAGUUGCUCCAAGGCAUCCUUAAAAAGAGAAUGGUCACUUUCAACAUGGGGUCAGAUACUCUUGUCUGGGAUGGAUCGAAAUCGGGAGAGUACACCUCAAAUGAUGGUUAUAAUCUUCUCCUUAGUUAGCAACUUUCCUCAAGCACUUCUGUCCCCUCAGUCCUAUGUUGGGAUAAGAUGCGUUUGCCAAAGGCAAGACUGUUUUCAUGGUUUGCUCUCCAAAAUAAGAUUCUAACGGCGGACAGAUUUAGGAAAAUGGGCUUUGAGGGACCCAGUAGAUGCCCUUUAUGUGAAAAGGCAGAAGAGGAUAAGGAUCAUAUCCUCCUCAAUUGCAAUUAUUCCUCCAAUUGUUGGCUCUGGUUAUGUAACAAAUUAGGAUGGAGCUCAGCUUUCCCUAACUCCAUUCUUGGAAUGUUUCAAGCAUGGCCCAUUCUACAUCAACGCUCCCUCUUUGGAGGGCUAUGGAAACUGGCCCCAUCUUUGGUUAUUUAGGAACUUUGGAAGGAAUGUU